UGGCUGAUGGACUUAUGCAGCUGCUUGUCAACAAGAUGGCCUUCCUCCUCUCGCCGUUUUAACACAGAUUAUUUUGGUAUCCCCGAGAACAUACUGUGAAAGCCUGUGACACUUCUAGAUAGACAGCGGGAGAGAGAUUGCUGGGAGACCUGGUUGGGCGUACGGUCAAGUGGAUUCUCUUCAGGGAACUGACAGCCUGAAAUGCUGCGAUAGGGGCUAGUAUUAAGCAAGGUUGAUAAAACAGAAAGUAGCUGUGGGCUAAUGUCGACGUUAGCCUGCUAGCUGGUUAGCCUAGCUACGUGGACUCGGAUAGUCAACUCGUGUCACCUGUAUUAGACUAGUUUGGUUGGAAGAAAACACGGCUAACAAGGACUUGUCACCGACCUUCUGCUCAUCGCGGGGUUUCCGUGGAGAACAACCUAACAGGUUUUAUGCCCGGUGUUGGUCUUGGUGCCAGUCUGGUGGCAACGGGAACAGAGACGAACGAUGAGCGCUCCUGGUGUUUGCUGGCCAGCAUAGAUGCAGAUAUGCCACGGUGGUCCUCAUCCUGAUGGACCGAGACACCUUCUCCCACAUCCGGCUGUGGUGCCCUCGCCCCUUCGGCACCUACUCCCAGAACAAAGCUCGGAGUCCAGGCUCGGGGGGCAACAGUGGAGGAGCCAGUGGGGCAGGUUCCCCCUCGGUCUGCAAGGCUGAGCUCUCGCAAGGUGCCAGGAGAACGCCAGAAGAAAGUGAAGAUGUAGGGAUGAUUGUUGUGGGUAAAGAGGGGAAGGAGGAGGAGGAGGAUGUGGGGUCAGAGAACACGCCACCUGAACCUGAGCUUGAAUCUGGCGCCAUUACACAAACCCAGGCCUCUCAGCCUCCUCCUGCUCCACCCUCGCCACCAACUACAGGGUCUCAGAUGCAAGAUGGGCGUGUGCUGUUGGACACUUGGUAUGUUAUCAAACCAGGGAACACGAAGGAGAAGAUUGCCUUUUUUGUUGCACACCAGUUCAGUGGAGCAGGCCAGCCCAGACCGAGUGCCAUGAAGGUUAAAGGUAACUGGGCAACAGAUUGCAGUAAAGCCAAAAGACGAAGGCGGUGCUCAUCCUACGACCCUCCAACGCGCUCCCAAGCGCCGACUCCUGACACCUCCAUAGGACCUCCAAGUCCCGAUGAGCUACCAUUAGGUGUGAAUGAGACAGAUCUGCUUUCUGUGGCUGAGAUGGUUGCCUUGGUGGAACAGAGGACCGCCAUGGCCCUUCAGGGCAUUGUGGCAGUUCAUGGAAACCAGCACCACCACCAGUCGCUUACCACCACUCAUAGUCAGGGCUUCCCCCACAACCAACAUACUCUACUCCAAGGUACAGUUUCCGACCCUUCUCCCAUGCUGUUUGAAUCAAACAGCUCAGACAGUCAAGCCUCUAGCGAAUCCCAAAAGCCAUCAUCUCCAAUCCAGACAGAUCAGGAAUUUGAGGAGGAGCAGGAGUCGUGCCGGGUGGCUCAGGCCAUCGCACACUUUGAAUCUCAGACCCUUGAGAAUCGCCUCCAUCUGGGUUCUGGAUCUGGAGUACCCUCAAAUAAUCAAAGCGGAGAUGGGGAGCUCAGAAGAGGGGACACUGUAACACCACCUCCACCACCCAACCACACCCAUGGGGAGGUGAGGAUAGCUUUCAGAGUGUCAAAUAUGGACCCUCGCUCACAACUGGAGCCAGCUGGCCGGUCCCGCUGUAUGUUCAUGAGUUGUGGUGGGGGGAGUAACCAGGCAGCUGCCAGGGCCAAAGAGAAAAUCACCUGUGACUUGUACCAGCUCGUCAGUCCAUCUUCAAGAGAUCCCAGUAGUCUGCUGCUUGCCGCCACAGCUUCCACCCCCAAACCAGACGGAGAUCUUCAUCAAGACAAUCUGUCCUGCGGCACCCCGGACCCCAACCAGGAGCUCUCCACGGGGGAGAAGAAAGGGGGCGUCGGGAGGGAACGAGUGACCGGGUUCCAUGUGGAGGUUGUGGUGACGGGUGCUGUGGACCAGUGUGUCUUCUACGGCAAGGACAGCACAGAGAAUGUGCAGGAGGAAACGGUGUGUUUCGCAAUGCCUACAGCGGUAGGAGGUGGUGGUGGUGUUGGCAGCUCAACUGACCCAUCAUCAGAUGAUCCCCCUCCUGGACAGCUCUUUUUCCUUCAGUCCCCUAGGGGACCAGAGGACGAUGUAACUGCAAAGACAUCUGGCAGCGGGGCAGGAAUGUGCUCUUUGGACUGCGCCAACAACAACAGUCCUGGCACAGGGGUGACAGUGGGCUCAGUGGAGCGGGCGACACGCCCAGACUCCCCUGGUGUCGGGGAGGACUGCUCUGACCCUUCGCUGUGUCGCCUUUACCGCCACGUGUCCCACGACUUCCUGGAGAUCCGGUUUCAGAUCCAGCGGCUCCUCGAGCCGAGACAGUACAUGUUGCUGCUCCCCGACCACAUCAUGGUGAACAUCUUCAGCUACCUACCCACUCGCUCUCUGGCGGCCCUUAAGUGCACCUGCCACUACUUUAAGGCGCUGAUCGAAACCUACGGGGUGCGUGCGGUGGACUCGCGCUGGAACCAGGACCCCCUCUACAGAGACGACCCCUGCAAACAGUGCAAGCGUCAGUAUGAGCGCGGGGACGUUUCUUUGUGCCGCUGGCACCCCAAACCUUACCACCAUGACCUGCCUUACGGACGUUCCUACUGGAUGUGCUGCCGGCGUACAGACAAGGACACUCCGGGUUGCCGGGUUGGGCUCCAUGACAACAACUGGGUGCAGCAGCCUGCCGACGGCUCGCAGCCUAUCCGCACCAAGAGGGAAGAACGGAGGGAGGAAGCCAGGUAGAGGGUGCAAACAAAGUCUCAUCUCAUUGCAUACCUCCUCCCGUCUCUCCAUCACUGGUCAGAGAACUGGGGUACAGAGAGGGCAACGGGGGAGGAAUCAGCACUCCAAGACUGUUUGCUUGUCUCCUUCUUUCUGUCAAUAGAGAGAGGUUGAGAUCUGAAGAAGGAAGAGAAGCAUCACACUCCUUGCCUUUUUUUUUCUCUUUCCAACUGCUCCAGAAUCCUUCUCUCCCCCCUAGAGUGGCUAAUAAAAGUUUGUACAGCAGGGUUGGGGUCCUCUCCUGCUGCUGUCAGUCUUGUCUCUGAGGGGGUUCUGUUUAAAUAUGCACAUGGAUGUUGCAGUAGGCGAUUUUAUGUGAAAACGUUGCAGUGUUUUGGAUUGAGAUUAGCAUUCAUAAAGUGACGUAUAGAAAUGUAAUGCCCACCAGCGUGCUUUCAGCUCCCAACACGUGUCCCGCGUUGUUUUGCCCCAAGCAUCCAUGUUUAGCUGUACAGACGGGCUUCAAGAGACAUGUAAAAUCUUUCAGUGCAGAAUGUUUCGAGUUAUUACAGAAAUGUGAUUGUAUAAAGCAAACUUGAUUCUUUUUUUCCGGUUGUACAAGAUGCCAUUUGUAGCUGUCCUGCACCAUGCAUUUCUCUGUUCUGAAUGUGCUCUAAUAGUGUAUUAAGUUGAUUAGUCCCCUGCUGAUGCUGCUGAACUUACUGCUCGUCACUGAUGCUCAUUCUGAGUCCAGUUCUGGAUGGGCCCCCAACCCCCCCCCCCCCCCCCCCCGAGCCCAGGUCUCAGAGAGCCGCCCAGUUGUUGUUACGGAGCGGACCCUGACCUUGCUGACCAGCCAUAAAUGGGAGCCACUGUCUGGUUUACAGAGAAUUAUGGGAGACAGACUUGAAUGGGAUUUAAAAAGAGAAACUAGAUGUCACUUUGGAAAGGCCUGAUGUCACUUUGUAUGGUUUGAUUGAUUGUUUUUGCUUGUUUUGCCAUUUUUUUGUUUUUGUUUGGUUGUUUUUAUUGGGUUUUUGUGUCUGAAUGUUUGCUGUUGUAUUUGCUUUUAUUCAUGAGGACUGUGUUCUUCGUGUAUCAGACUGUCAUCCUACUGAAGUUUUCUCUUUUUUUAAAAAUAUGCCAUCUUUAUUUUAAAUAUGCCCUUCUUUUAUCCUUCCCUCCACCUCAACAGAGCCAUCAUUCAUACUUUGACGUGUGUUCAACUAUCCACCACAAACACCAGAAACUCUCUAUACCAGUUUCCAGCCUUAAAAGCCCCCCUACCUCUUACCCCACCCUUCUGGAGAUCGAGGCAUCAGAUGCCUGAUGAUCAGAACACAACAAAAGUUGCACAGUUUUCCAAUGCUUCACACACUCCAUCCAGCUCCACUGGGUCCACUUAAAUUAUUGCGCGUACAAGAACAGUGCCUGGUGAUGGCUCUGACUUUUCAAUAUUGGGGGAGGGGGCAAUAAAAAAAUGGAAUCUAUUUAUCUUUGCCUUCUCCUCCUUUGCUUUUAAUUCCCCUCCCCACCCCUGCAAGCUGACAGACUGGACAUUGAAGAACUGAUGUGAUGAAUGAUGCUGAAACUCUGCAUGGAGAUAGGAAGAUGGUUGGGUAGUCAUGGGAGAACUCUGUAGGUUGCAGAUGUGUACAAUGCUAAUGGGAAAUAUCUGCUUAAAUAAAACAGAAGUGAUGAUUAAAACUGGAAAUCCGAACCACUACCUGGUAUGUCUGCUUUUUAUACGCUGAUCCACAUUGCUCGUUUUCUAAAUUGUGAUGGGCGGGUGCAGCAAGGUGGUUUCAAGCCACUUACAGCUCACAUUGAUUUCUUGUAAACCAAAGUUUUAAUGUGUGGGAUAAACUUUAUUAAUGCAUUUAUGAGCUACUUAAACUUUCUCUCCUUCACACCUUUAGGAAUGACUGAUUGGAUCAGAGUGUAACCAGAUGCUGUAAUGGCAUUUGUAUCUGAUAACGGGUUCUGUUAAAUCUGAUCAUUAAAGCUGCAGGGAUGAAAUUUCUGUA